AUGGCUUCACAAUCGCCAUCACCCACACCUCAGCCGCAGGCCUCCGACGAUGCGCCGCAAGACAACCAGAAAAUCGAGACCGGCUUGCGCAAGCACGCGCGCGAAGAUGACACGACGGAAGAGCAUGGAAACAAAGCAAUCAAGACCUUCCAUGGAAGGGUUGAGAUCAAUGUGAUCCUUCGAACCAGCUUGGGCGGAGAAGGAAGGAGGCUCGCACACUGGCUACGCUCCGUUGAGCCACGUAUGUUACAUCACUUCAAGUCCAUCAGGAUUGCGGACGUGAUUCAGGAUCAGACCGUGCUCCAAACAGGAAGGUCAGCAAGAUCUCGGAUUAUUGACUUAGCUCGGAGGCACUGUUACGGCAACGACAUGCUUCGCUUGGCCAAGAGGAACCGCUUGCAUUGUCCACAAUUCGAAGACGAACAGCACAUUGCGGCAUCGUGCCCGACGACUUAUCGGUUCACGCACUUCGUGCGACUUCUCGUGCAGCGGCCUUUUGAUGUCGUGCUGGAGGACGAAGACAAGACAGCGGGGUACUACCAGCACCGAAUCGUGUUUCCGAAGCCACUCGAGGACUAG